UUGCCGGUCACUUCGUCGCCAUGUUUGAUGAAAGCUUGCAAGUUGCUCAAGUGAAAAGUUGCUGAACUCUGCUGUUUUAUGCAUUAUUACUCAUUCGGAAUCAUUUAAUAGCAUUUGAAUUAAUCUUUACUGUGUCAUCUGGUCUACGUUUUACUAGAAUACAGAAAGAACUAAAGGUGAAAGUAAACAUAUCAAGAAAAUGGCGGAUGAAAGUUUAUUGAACGAUUCCAAUCUAGGAAUUCUAGGCUCGAACGACGAUGAUUCUGAACUGAUUGUCGAGGAUGACUAUCUUAAAGGUGCCGAAAUGCAAAUUGAUCCUGAACUGGAAGCUAUUAAAGCUCGUGUAAAAGAAAUGGAAGAGGAAGCAGAAAAAUUGAAACAACUUCAAUCGGAAGUUACAAAACAGAUGACACUUGGGUCUCCAACUGGAGUUACGCCUAUUUUAACGGCCGAAGAAAAAGCUGAAAUCGAUAAUCGUUCCAUCUACGUCGGGAAUGUUGAUUAUGGAGCUACAGCAGAGGAACUAGAAGCUCAUUUCCAUGGCUGUGGAACAAUUAACCGAGUAACGAUUUUAUGCAACAAAGCUGACGGCCAUCCGAAAGGUUUUGCUUACAUUGAAUUUGGCUCGAAAGAGUUUGUAGAAACGGCGCUGGCAAUGAAUGAAACGCUUUUCCGUGGUCGACAAAUUAAAGUCAAUCCGAAGCGUACCAAUCGUCCUGGAAUGUGUACUACCAACAGGUUUCCUCGUGGUUUGCGAGGACGCACAUCUAGAGUCUCACGCGCGUGCUGUUACGGAGGUCACCGUGGAACUCGAAGGCCAGCUCGUGGAUAUCGAGGAAGAGCCUUCUAUGCACCGUACUAGGAAUUGUUUCAGCCUCAUCCCGGAUAUGUCCAGUUGAUUUCAAAACAACGCGUAAUUUUAUCAAGUUUAAUCUCGGUCUACAGAUUAUGAGAUGCUUGUGGAUCUAGAAUUAUUUAAAAAAAAAGUCAAUAUAAAUUCGAUUCAAAAAACAUUAUUUGUCUUCGAGUGUUCUUCAGAGAACCAUCAUGCCGCUUAUUCGCAAAAAGUUGUGAAUACAUUAAAUUUCCCCUUUAGAAAAAGAUCGCAAAGCCAUUAGCCGCCGGCAUAAAUAAUGUUUUUUGAAAUUGUUCAAAAAUGGGAAACGAUGCGUUGCCACAAUCUUUAAAAAAGAGACACAUACAAAAAAGCCAACAGAAAAAGAUGCGGAUCAAAAAAAAAAAUACACAAAAAAGACGGCACAAAAGAUGGCAAAACCUAAAAGAGUUCGUGGAAAAGUAUGGCAAAAUAACAAGCGAUCCGCCACUUUCACUAUUCGAUAAAAGGAUGAAGACAUUUUUAUUUGAAAAAAAGAGAAGUGAAACAUCUGGAGAAAAGAGGACAUGGAGAGCCCACCACGAAAAAAAAUGAAGGAUCUACUGCAAAAAAAGUCGAAGAAGAAAUUCAAAACAUACAAUAAAGAAGCAUAACAAGAGAGAAAAUUUUAUUCAUAGAAGAUAAAACAAUAAGAAUUCAAAAUUAUAUUUAAAAGAAUAAAA